AUGGUUGGUGUUGGACGAUGGUUGUUGUUGGACGGUGGUUGGUGUUGGACGGUGGUUGUUGGACGGUUGUUGUUGUUGAACGGUGGUUGGUGUUGGACGAUGGUUGUUGUUGGACGGUGGUUGGUGUUGGACGGUGGUUGUUGGACGGUGGUUGUUGUUGGACGGUGGUUGGUGUUGGACGGUGGUUGUUUGACGGUUGUUGUUGUUGUUGGACGGUUGUUGUUGGAUGGUGGUUGGUGUUGGACAAUGGUUGUUGUUGGACGGUUGUUGUUGUUGAACGGUGUUUGUUGUUGGACGGUGGUUGUUGGACAGCUGUUGUUGGACGGUGGUUGGUGUUGGACGGUUGUUGGUGUUGGACGGUUGUUGUUGUUGGACGGUUGUUGUUGGACGGUGGUUGUUGUUGGACGGUUGUUGUUGGAUGGUGGUUGUUGUUGGACGGUGGUUGUUGUUGUAUGGUCGUUGUUGGACGUUGGACGGUGA